AUGGAACGAGGAAGAGGAUGGACUCUGAAGAUUCUGUUUCUGUUGACACUCUGUCAGCAAGCCUUCCCUGGUCAAUGCCAAGAUUCAGGGCAUCCCUCUGACCUGAGGCUAGUUCUAGUAGGGAAGACUGGAGCAGGGAAGAGUGCAACAGGAAACACCAUCCUGGGGACAAAGCCGUUUAUAGAAGACCUCUCUCCUAAGUCUGUCACUGCAACGUGUGAGAAACAGAGUGGAGUGGUGGAAGGGAGGAAGAUUGAUGUCAUCGACACCCCGGGGCUCUAUGACACAACAAUGUCUAAAGAAGAGAGGAAAAGUGAAAUAGAAAAGGCCAUCUACAUGUCAGUCCCAGGACCCCACGCCUUCCUGCUGUUGAUCAGACUGGGGAGGUUCACAGAGGAAGAGAGGAACACUGUGAAGUGGAUCCAGGAGAGCUUUGGAGAAGAAGCCUCAAUGUACACCAUCAUUCUGUUCACUGGUGGAGACCAGCUGGAGGACAAAUCAAUGGUGGACUUUCUAAGUGAGAGUGAGGAGAUUAUGCAACUCGUCAAGGUCUUUAAGGGCAGAAAUCAUGUCUUCAAUAAUAAAAAGAAGAAUGACUACAAUCAGGUCCCAGAGCUGCUGAAGAAGAUAGAUGAGAUGGUGAUGAAGAAUGGAGGACAACACUACACCAAUGACAUGUACAAGGCGGCCCAGAGGAAGAUCAAAGAAGAGGAGGAGAGGAAGGAACAGGAGAAGAAGGACAAAGAGGAGGCCGAGAAGAAGAAACAGGAGGAGGAGACCAGAAAACGGGUAGAGAAAGCGAGACAGGAUGAGAGGAAGAGACAAAAGGGCAUGUUGAGAAAAGCUGUGGGAUUGUUAGCAACUUUUGUCACAGCGGUGUUAGCAGGACCCGCAGCAAUUCCAGUUGGAGUUGCUUUACUUGCAAAUGAAGUAGCUGAACAUUUAGACGAUUGAGGAAGAGGUAGCAGUGUGAAGUGCCACUAUCUUCCUCAUUUUAAUGUCAAGUAGUAGCAGUUGAUUAAUACUGUACAAUGACAACCAUCAGGGGUUGUUCAACACUUUCUAACAUGAUUAGUUAUAUAACAUGUUUAU